GGGCGAGGGAGUUUGCGCAACGCGCUGCUCGGAUGGUCUGCCUUGUACGUGCCAGGCUGCCAGCCUCGGCCGUUGGCGCGAAAACUGUGGGAAAGACAGGGACAGUUCAGGAAGUCUCAGGCUGUUUUGGAGCCUUUCGUGGCUGUGCUAGCAAAUAGCAGAAUGUGGAAACGAGCAGUUUGGUUGGAGGGUAAGAAAGAAGAAGAGGGUGUGGUGCCAUCCAGCUGGGUAUUAGAAGAGAACCAAACCUUGUUUUGGCCACAAGGAGUUAAUGCUGAGAAUGCCCUUCAUAAUCAGCAAGAACCAGACCCUGCAUCAUGGAGAAAGUUUAUGUUGAAAAAAGUGAAGAUCACUUCUGAUAGUUUUCAAGAAUGCGAUACCUACCAUCUGACAUCUACGGUGGAGAGUUCUGAGAGCAACAGUGAUCCUGAUGAAGGUCUACUCAUGAGAAAAAGGAGAAAACGUUGUAAGAAAAAUCUGCCUGAUGACUUUGUCAGCAGUGAAAACUUACAUGAAGCUGUCCACAUGAAGCCAGCCUCACAGAAGCCACAGGUCACAACCUCUCAAGAUAAGGUAGCUUCUGCUCCUUCACAGGUUGUACUUCCAACACCUCCUCCUAAGGUGUCUUUGGAUAUGCGGUCCACCAGAACCCAUGGGAUGGCAGUAAAGAGGAUCCGUUAAACUAUAGGCCAGUGUCAUUAACAAGCGUAGUGGCCAAGAUGUGAAAAAAAACAACAAAAAAAAACAUAUAUAUAAAGGACAGUUGGGUUAAAUAUUUAGAAAAUUGAGAAACUGAAAAUGGUUGUGGGAAACUACCUACUAUGCCAUGCAAUAUAAGGCUCCAUCCACUCUAGCGGGCAGAAGCGAGUUGUUUGCCCGCCGACAUUUUCUCCACUUUUGCAAAAGACGAGUGCCUCUUGUCAUGCUGGUCGGGACUGUCACUAUAGUAAGAUAGGUGGUUGGGACUGUCACCUUGGUCAUGGCUUCUUCUUCGGUAAGGUGUGUCAUGAUGUCUCCUGUCACCUUGGUCAUGGCUUCUUCUUCGGUGAGGUGUGUCAUGGUGUCUCCUGUCACCUUGGUCAUGGCUUCCUCUUCGGUGAGGUGUGUCAUGGUGUCUCCUGUCACCUUGGUCAUGGCUUCCUCUUCGGUGAGGUGUGUCAUGGUGGUCGGGACUGUCACCUUGGUCAUGGCUUCUUCUUCGGUGAGGUGUGUCAUGGUGUCUCCUGUCAUGGUGGUCAAGAUUGUCACCUCGAUCAUGGUUUCUUUUUUGGUAAGGCGUGUCAUGAUGUCUCCUGUCAUGCUGGCCACUGCCAUCACUGUUGUCAGAUGACUUGGAUGUCUUGCUGGAUACCGAAUCUUUUGUUGCACUGCACUCCAUCAUCCCAUGGGUUCUGGUGGACCGCAUAUCCAAAGACACCUUAGGAGGAGGUGUUGGAAGUACAACCUGUGAAGGAGCAGAAGCUACCUUAUCUUGAGAGGUUGUGACCUGUGGCUUCUGUGAGGCUGGCUUCAUGUGGACAGCUUCUGUGGAAAAAUCAUUACAUAUUACAAA